CUGGACUGGUGGUAACAAAAUAACAAAAGCGUCGAACGUUGCAAGAGUAACGGGGCUCUCCCUCCUCCGUGUCGCUCCCCGCUUGACCCUAUGCACGCCGGAGAGCCCGUUUUGUCCGAUUUCUGGGAACCGCCGGGCGGAAGCGAGACGCAGAAAGGAUCUGUCGCUGGUUGUUUAUCUGGAGGGAGAGGACUGGAAACCGCCUGUGUCCCAUUUCCUCGCGCGCGCGCGUGUGUGAGAGAGACAGUGUGGGGUUGCCCCCCACCUUUGCUUCAGCCCUGGAUUCUCCAUGUUGGACCCGAUCUGAGGAGCAUCUACAUUGCUGCCUUCGCACACAGCUUACUCCACAGCUGUGCAACUGAAGGAGGAGCGGGCGGGCUCCUUCUCCAUUGCACUCUCGUUCUCAUUCUCCCCCCCUUCCUUGGAUAUUUCCCUCCUCCCAACUAAAGGAUCCCCAGGGUCUGUGGGAUUGUUAGAUGGAAAGCCGGUCUAUCAUCACUCAGGUGCAGAGGGACGAAGCCUUGGUGUUUUCAAAACAAGUGUUGGUGUCCAAAUCCUCCCCGAAGAAGCCUCGUGGCCGGAGCAUCUUCAAGGCUCUUUUCUGUUGCCUUCGUGCACAGAAUGUUGGGCAGACGGCCUUUGGUGCCAGUCAUGGGCUGCACAAGGAAGAGACGAACACCAUCGCCAAGUCUGAUCUGUUGCAGUGUCUUCAAUACCAGUUUUAUCAGAUUCCUGGAACAUGCCUUCUCCCUGAGGUGACUCAGCAAGACCAGGGCCGAAUCUGUGUGGUGAUUGACCUGGAUGAGACCUUAGUGCACAGUUCCUUCAAGCCAAUCAACAAUGCUGACUUCAUUGUGCCGGUUGAAAUAGAGGGAACAACCCACGAGGUGUAUGUGCUGAAGAGACCAUUUGUAGAUGAAUUCCUGAGGCGGAUGGGGGAGCUGUUUGAGUGUGUGCUGUUCACUGCCAGCUUAGCUAAGUAUGCUGACCCAGUCACUGACCUUCUGGACAAGUGUGGAGUCUUCCGGGCCCGCCUCUUCCGGGAGUCAUGCGUGUUCCACCAGGGAUGUUAUGUUAAGGAUCUCAGCCGACUGGGCCGUGAUCUGCGCAAAACCCUGAUCCUGGACAAUUCUCCAGCUUCCUACAUCUUCCAUCCAGAGAAUGCGGUGCCGGUCCAGUCUUGGUUUGAUGAUAUGACGGACACUGAACUGCUGAACCUGAUUCCUGUGUUUGAGGAGUUGAGUGAAGCAGAGGAUGUCUACGCCAGCCUCGGCCAGCUAAGGGCACCCUAAUGUCUUCCUAGUGCUGUGGCCACUGGGGAACUUCUUUUUUUCACUCUGUGCCUUCAGUAUUGGCCAGGAGGGAAAGGGAACAGUGCAAUUGCUCCCCAUCACCCUGCCAUGAGGCAGAUACAAGCACUUUGGAGGCAAUAACCUGCCUGGCCGCCUUCUGUGCCAUGCCAGAGCAGUUUCCAACCAGGGUAUGGCUGGAUGCUAGAGCUUCUAGCCUUCCACCAAGAGCAGGGACAUCCAAAAUAACCCCACCCCGUUCCCAAUAGUGCUAGUAUCUAUGCACUGCAAGGGCACCCCAACCUUUAGGGGAUCCUCCCUCCCUCCCUCCCUCCCCAAGGCAAUGCCAAAUGAUGUGGAUGGAUUCAUUAAAAGUACAUCCUCCUCACUUGCUUUUACAUAUUCUUGGCAGUGUUCCUUAUCCAGGACACAGCCCCCAGGCUAAAAUAUUUGGAGAUUUCUCGUCUCUUGGCAGGAAGUCAGGAUGGCCACCUCUACAGUCUCAGAUAUCGUUGUUCUGGUCUGAUCUGAUGUAGGAUCCUCUGGAUUUCCUAGAUUUUUUUUGAAGGAGUUGCUUUCUUUGCCUUCAAGUGGUUUAGUGAAGCUUUCUUUGCCUCAUGUCUAUGGCUCCAGGCCUUGGCCUAACUGGCCUGCUGCCUUUGGGAAACCCGUUACCAUAUAUGUGUUUCUUUGUUUUAACAUCCUGUCUUGCAGUUGUGUUUUGCCUCCGAUGAAAGGCAAGACCCACAGACAUAGAAAAUCCUUUGCAGCAACCCUCUAACACUAGCAGCACAUAGCAUUAGUGAGGACAAAGCAAGCCAGCCCCACCGAUGCCACACUCCUUAUUUGCUCAGAGAUAGAGUGUCCCUGCACUCCAGCCUUGAUUUGCUUUUGUGGGUGCCAGGUGACUUCAUUGCCUUAAACUGCACCCAGUUAGGAGGCUGCCAUAUCAACAGGGUGCCUAGCCUCAACCCAGUUCUUCCACCAUCUAUCAGUGUGAAUACUUGCCUGAAAGAUGGAAGGAUUUUGACAUUUGUCCCCUGGUGGUUUUACCUCACUUGAUGAUGCUGAAGGCAUAACUUGACUUCCCACUCAGGAUUUGCUCUAGGUUCCAUCAUUAUAACUUGACAGUCCUUAGCCCCUUGGAUGGUAACAGUGAGUUUUGGAUGAGUCUAUUAGAAGCUGGGAGAUCUUCCAUGUAUGCACAAGCCUGCUUCAUGUCAUUUGCCUUAACAACUGCCUUCUUCUCUCUGUACUGCAGCUGCUUGACAGCAAGCAACUGUGCCUCUUUUGUGUGGCCUCUCCUAUUCCUGCCCUCCCCAAAUGCAUUUUCAGCUGGUUUCAGCUCCAAGCAACCAAAAGUAGCUGGAGCUUUGUUAAUAUUUAUAUUGCAGGGAGCUGUCCAUGGACAUUGUUUUUCGCUUUAUACUUCCUGGUGUUAAGGUCCUUUGUCCUUUCUCACUGUGCCUGACAUACUGUGAACAUGUGUUUUUCAAGUGCCACUGGGAGCAGGGGUGGCCAAAUGGAUAAACAAUGCCAGCUUGCUUUUCUCCUUUUCCCCACCAUCAGCAAUAUUGCAAGGGACUCUGUGUUUGUGUUUAGCCAUUGUAGGGCUGGUAGGAAAGGGGAUGGAGUCCAAGAGGCUCUUUUUAAAAAAAAAAAUUGGUGCUGCCUUAUUGGUUAAGGGGUGGCACAAGUUGCAGGUCAUCUCAUCACCUCAGGACCAAAGCUUCAAGCUCUGCUGUUGGUUGACCAGCCAGCUGUUCGCCUGACCAACAUGCUACUUGAUAUUUUCAUCCUUGUUUUCAGUGUGCUGAUUGGUUUUCAGUGGAGUCGUGAGACUGUGUGUGCAUUAGCCAAACUUCAGUCAAUGCUUGAGGGGAGUGUGUUCUCCCCCACACCCCCAGGAUUUCCCUGGCCUCAUUAUCCUGGCCCUUGCUGGUGUCCCCUGCUGAGGGUUCGGAUCCCUGUGUUUGGGGGAGGGCAGGAGGGGGAUGGGUUUCCAACUUCGGGCACCAAGGAGGAAGUUCUUUCCCUCCCUCGCAGUUUGGUCAGCUGCUGCUUCUCUCUGCACACAAGCUGGGAGGAGCUGUUAAGCUUUGCAAAGUUAAUGAAUGUUGGAAAGAACAAACCUUUUUUGUUUUCCUUUCCUUGUUGGGACUAUUCUCACAGCUCUGUCUUUGCUCUGUGUCAGCAGAAGACCAAUUGCCUCUCUUUUCCUUCCUUCCUUCCUUCCUCCUCAUGCCAGCAGCUGUCCCAGCCCAUUCUUCAAGAUGAAACUGGUUUCUAGCCUUUUGUUGGAGUGAGAUUCAGACGCUGCCACCUGAAGGGAAAAAAAGAAAACCAAUUUCCCAGCAGCCUCAGCCAGUAUGGUCAGUGGCAAAGGAUGCUGGGGAUUGUAGUCAAGUAGCACCUGGAGUGCUGCAGGUUUCCCACCUGUGCUGUAAGCAGCUAUACCUAAUUUCUUCCCUCCCCCUAAGCCAGCAAAACAUGCUCUACAUCUGCUGCAGAAUCACUUUUUAUUAGCCUUAAAGAGGGUGGGAUUAAGAGGAGAGGAAGGUAACCCAUUUAUUCUCCUCCCUAAAUUGCAGUGGGCAACAUCGCUGUCCUUGUGUGAAGGAAUCUGUAUGAAAUGAGUUGGAUCUGAAUGAGGCAGACUUGCAUAUUUGGUUUUUCCAAGGUGGGGAAAGAAAUGGGUUGCUGAGAGUCAUGUGGACGUGGUGAUGAAUCCUUUUGGACAAUCCUGUGUGGAGAGGGAAACCGUAGGACUUCGGUCUGUAGCCGCACCUGCCACAUUGCCCAUAAAUGCUUAUUCUGACUGAGUCAAGAUUGUAAAUCAUGUUUUAGAGCCAUAAGGAUUCCUGGGUCCAAACUACCAUGUUGGGAUCGUGCCUUGAUUGAACCCAAUGCUUAAUGAGGGUAGAACUCCAGUCAAGAGGUAGCCCCAGCACUUUACCGAGGCCGUGCCCUUAAUGGCUGCCUCAUGUACUGACUUCACUAAAGACACAUACACACACAAAAUCUAUACAUACUUGUCAUGGUACCUUUUACAUCCAGUCAUGUUUGGUGCUCCCAUUUCAUUCAAGAAGUGGAAGCUGUUGGCUUUUGAAGAACAAGAGCCCCCAGCCUUCCCUUCUCUCCCUUCUCCUCAUUAAACUGUACAAAUUUAUCACACAUCCUCACUUGCUGGGGGGUUUUUUUGUUUUGUUUUGUUUUGUUUUAAAUGUUUUAAUUGAAAAAAAAAUCCCAAAACUUGAAGCUGGCACUUGUUGCCAUUAUGAACUCUUUCUAUUUUUGGAAUCUUUGUAUUAACUGCUAUUAAAGAAAUAAAAAGAGAGCAAA